AACACGGACUGCGAUCACAGCGACGCUUGACGCAGAUUUUUAGAAUUACACAACAUAACACAACCUAAAACUGCGUUUGACCAUAAGUAACUGCUUGUUUUCUUCAUAUUUUAUCGAGAAUUGCUUAAAAAUGUUGGAAAUUAAAUACAAUAAUAAGUCAAUUUUAUUCCUAGAAAAUGUAUUGUCUAUAGCAGAAGUAAAGACAAAUAUCACCAACAAAAUUCAACAUGAAGAUUUUUAUUUGAUACAUAAUGGUAAACAUUUUAAUGAUGAUGGUGUUCCUGAUGGAAUUGUGCAUGUGGUACCAAAACUUGUGGGUGGGAAAGGUGGUUUUGGUUCAAUGCUAAGAGCAAUUGGUGCACAAAUUGAGAAAACUACAAAUAGGGAAGCCUGCAGAGAUUUAAGUGGAAGAAGACUUAGAGAUAUUAAUGAAGAAAAACGCUUAAAAGCAUGGAUUGAUAAACAAGCAACUAGGGAGCAAGAGGCUGAAGAUAAAAAACAGAAAAAGUUAGAGAGAUUGGUACAGAAACCAAAGGUUGAAUUUAAGGAUGACACUUAUGACAAAGAAAGGUCUGAAUUGCCUGAGAGAUUAGAAGAUGCUGUUACUCAAGGAAUGGAAGCUGCAGCUUCUGCAAGUGCUUCAACUUCAAGUAAAAGAAAAUCUGAUACUAAAGGUGAUGAAGUAAAGAAAAAGAAGAGGAAAGUUGCCAUGUGGCUGGAUGAUGACAUAGAUAUUUCAAGUAGUGAUGAUAACUCAGCUUCAGAGUCAGAAGAUAGUUCAGAAGAAACAAAAGAGGUAACGAAACUUGCUGCUACAAAUUAAUUUUAGUUUAAUUUAUAAAUAUUCAUUUGUCAGAUCAAAAAGAACAUUUUAUUUGUCAUUGUUCAAUUAAAAACAAAUACAUUCAUUUUCCUAAA